AUGAAUAUAAAUGCGGAAAAAAUCAUUGCAAAACGAUCUAUCUAUCUAUCUAUCUAUCUAUCUAUCUAUCUAUCUAUCUAUCUAGUAUAUCACCUGAAUCAGGCCGUAUGCUUUUUUGAACAUAUCUAUCUAUAUAUGCCUGUAUCUAUCUAUCUAUCUAUCUAUCUAUCUAUCUAUCUAUCUAUACGAUUUGGAGUGUUAUCAUCCUCUGCUAUCUAUCUAUCUAUCUAUCUAUCUAUCUAUCUCGUUCUCUUCAUAUUGUCCCUAAACUUCGUUUCCCCUUUUCCUCCUUUCUUUCUUUUCCCUUGGGAAUAUCUAUCUAUCUAUCUAUCUAUCUAUCUAUCUAUCUAUCUAUCUCAGUCUGUUCUUCUGCUAUCUAUCUCAGUCUGUUCUAUCUAUCUUUCUAUCCAUCUCAGUCUGUUCUACUAUCUAUCUAUCUAUCUAUCUAUCUAUCUAUCUAUCUAUCUAUCUAUCUAUCUAUAG